AUGAAAUCUCAUACAAACUACCAGCUUUUUGUAGGCCUUCUGCUGCUGGCAACAUGUGCAACUGCAUGUGUCGUAAAAGUGCCAACGCCCAAAACUCGUGUGUCACUUGUGACCAUGCGCAAAUAUCCGGUGGAUGUGAAGUGCACAAAUUGUACGCCGACUCAGAAUCCCUUGGUACUACGCACAGUCAAAGAGACGUACACGGACAUGGAAGAGGUCUGCUGCGAAGGUUAUGUUAGGAACGCAAAAACUGGAGAUUGCCUGCCGAACUGCGUGGACUGCAAGGGAGGCAAAUGCGUGCGUCCUGAUGUAUGCCUCUGUGCCGAAGGCUACAACAACCUGAAGAAUAGCACCGUCUGUGAGCCGGAAUGCAGUGAGCCCUGCAUCAAUGGACAAUGCGUUGAGCCGGAGAAAUGUGACUGCAAUAAGGGUUAUAAUUUCAUUAAUGGGAGUGCCACAGAAUGCGAGACGCGGUGUUUGACGGAUUGCACCAAUGGGCGUUGUGAUGCUUCGUAUAAAUGUACGUGCAAUUUCGGCUAUGAGCGCAACGAGUUGUUGGGCGUGUGCACGCCUAUCUGUGAAGAGCCCUGUGAAAAUGGCGUUUGUAAAGCGCCCAAUGAGUGCCACUGUCUUAGCGGUUACGAGUUGCGACUGGGCACCUUGGGUAAGUGUGAACCGGUGUGUCCGGGUGGCUGCCCCAACGGCUAUUGCAUCGCACCGAAUGUCUGCAAAUGUCAGGAGGGCUCCUAUAACUUAAUCGGACUUGCCUGUGUACCCAACUGCAUGGACAAAUGCGUAAACGCACACUGUACGGCACCCAACCAGUGUACGUGUCUGGAGGGUUAUAUCUAUCGCAAUGAUUCGCGCACCGUGUGCGAGCCAACUUGUGCACGUGGCUGCCUGAAUGGUUUCUGUAAUGAACCGGGCCGCUGUGAGUGUCAUCAGGGUUAUACGCAGGUGGAGACGCAUGUUUGCCAACCGAAUUGCGCAAAGGACUGUAUCAACGGACACUGCAGCGCGCCCGAUACGUGUACCUGCAACGAGGGCUACAUCCUUAAGAAUGGCUCACUCACAGAAUGCGAACCACACUGCCCGCGUGGUUGCAAGAACGGUGAAUGUGUUAGUCCAGGUGUGUGCAGCUGCUUGCCGGGAUACCAAUCGCUGCUCUUUUAUCUUUGCAUACCGGCGUGUAAGCACUCCUGCGUCCAUGGCACAUGUACUGCACCGGACACCUGUCGCUGUUUCAGCGGAUAUCGUCCGAAUCCGGAACGGUCCUACGAAUGCGAACCAGUUUGUAAUUUCGACUGCGGACAUGGGCACUGCAUUGCUCCGGGUAUUUGCCAAUGUGAGACAGGUUACACGAAAAAAUGGUUGACAGGACGUUGCGAGCCGCAUUGCACACAGAAGUGCAUCAACAGCAUUUGUGCGGCGGGCGGUGUAUGCCGUUGCUAUGAGGGUUUCCGUUUACGCAAAGGUUCGAACAACAUCUGCGAUCCCAUUUGUCUGCCGCAGUGCAUCAAUAGUAAUUGUGUGGAGCCGGACAUGUGCGAAUGCUGGAGUGGCUAUUCGGAGACACGUCAUCACAAUUACUGUGUCGCACAUUGUCGGCCGUCGUGUGAGAACGGCAAGUGUGUGGCGCCCAAUAAGUGUCAGUGCAGCGAUGGCUAUCGUGUGACGAACGCCAGCGAACCACACCGUUGUCAGGCGAUCUGCAAAGACACUUGCAUAAAUGCUGAGUGUCUGCGGCCGGAUGAGUGCGUGUGCUUGGAAGGGUAUAAGUUCCUCAAUGGCAGCCGCACAGAAUGUGCGCCGAGAUGUGAACAAGACUGCGGUCACGGCAGAUGUAUUGGACCGAACGCUUGCAGUUGUGAUCUCGGUUAUCGUCUUAAGCUGAGCAAUGACACCGAUCUGCCGGUCUGCGUGGCCUAUUGUAAUGAAUGGAAUUGUUUGAAUGGAAAAUGCGAUGUAAACGGUAUAUGUCAAUGCAUAGAAGGUAUGGUAUACAACGAGCGACGUGGCGCAUGUGUUUCCGAGUUGGGUGCUUUGGAGGAACACAUAGCGCUAAGUGGCGUCUCGGUAUCGCGCUGGACUAUCGGCACAAUGGCAUUCUUACUUAUCGCCUUAUGUGGACUGGCUUUGAUAUUGGUGCAUCGUGAAUAUGCGCGCAGACGUUUCCGGGAGAAGCACGGCGUGAGGUUGAUAGAAAACCCAACGUUCGGCAUUGUAAUGCCAGGCGCGGGAGAAGAAGAUGGCCUCAAUGUGCAGGAUGGCGAGGAGAGCUAA